AUGGCUGACGACAAAGCACUAGUUAAAUACGCACCGGCGACUAUGUUGAACGGAAUUCGAGUUGGGAUGCCGAGCCCUAUGGCAAUUGCAGCUGCCGAAAGAAUUCGGACAGGCAUACAAGUGUUCAACGACGGUGAAGGAAUUUCUGAUUGGGUAUGGGCAUUCAGCCCUGGCGACAGCAACGUACCCGAGAAAAACCAGAAUUCUCUUAAGGUUGCUGCACCUUCGCAUACAUCUGCAACAACUUGCCCUAGCACAGUUUUUGACAAAGAACAACGAGAAAUAGUGCAAUAUCGGCCUCGCUUCGCACCUGGUAGCACGCGAGAUCUACAACUGAUCACUCCCAUUACCCAGUUGACCUCGUCUCCGAAUAGCUGUUCCCUCCAGAACGCUGCACUUCAACGCACAACAGACGCGUCGUUGCCUGUGCAAACCAACUUUUUCGGCUCAAGCCAAUUUCUGGACAAUCAAGCUAUUCUGCAGAAAAUAUCCCGCCGUAGGCUUUCCUCUCCGCUACCUAUUACUCAGGUUGAAGUUGAACGCGCCCUCCUUGACGACUCUAUCAAGAUGUACCCAACUCCUAUGAGAGGCAAUAGCGCCGUAGACCUUGAGUUAGCCGCGGCUGGAGCCCGGGCGCCCAGUAGAGAACCCUAUCAUUCGCGAUCGGGAUCACGCACUUAUCGAGACGAGGCGAGCGAUGCUCGUUCGUACUACAGCCGCAGCAGAGGAAACAGUACCUCAUCUGGAACAUACCAGCAGCUCGGCAAUAUAGGCACGCCAGAACAAGGACGCCUACUUCAGAACAGAUAUGAGUUUCAGUCGAGUGAUGCUGACGAUCUCCUUUCACCUGUUCCUGAGAUUGCUGGAGGCAAGUUCCCUAGUCAUGUCACGACAAUGUCGGAUCUCAUGAAUAUGCGCGACGAAGAGCUUCUUAGAGGAUCCCGAGACAUGUCUCGACACAAAUUUCCUCCCAAGCCGGCUGAGCCUGCCCCUGCUACGAAGAAAGAGAAGCAUCGUCCUCCGCCGCUUGAUCUGACCAAGGCUCGUCAAUAUGCCGCGGUGAACGGGAGACACACGAAUAUCCAGAUCAUCCAUAAUCCCGUCCCUGCUUCAGACGUGAGUGCGACCUGUGAGGACGAUAGCCCCUCGGUGUACGGAGAUGAACCGUCAUUUCAUUUCUGUGAAGAGCCCUCGGGCGACCCCUACAAAACUGGAUUGGGAAGAGCCAGCAUUCUGAAGGGUUACUCCAAUUGGAUGGAGAAACAGCCUACCGAAAAUCUAGCACAGGAGGACCAGCGAGCGACAUCUCCUAUUUCAGAUAUUCCAGCUGCUCAAUCUACUCCUCAGAACCGCCCGCCGCAGAAAAAUGGUCUUGGUUUAUCCAAGUCUUUUACUACCAACGAGGUUACGGGAGACUUUGGUGCGCCGCCUUUUACACCUCUGACACCGUGGCUUGCCAAUGGCAACCCCAAGAAGGCGAAGAAGAAUCUGUUCGGAGACAAGGGAUGGCUCGAAGAUACAGCCGCACAAAAGAAGCCCGAGCGUCUAAAGAAUACGAACUCGCGUUUCUUCGACGGCGUGAAGAAGACCGCUCGAAAGAUUGCUGGAAUGGCAGACUUCAAAGUUGGCGCGUCCAGAGUGAGCACCGCUCGUGAACUCAACAUCACGCUUGAUCCUCGUGAGCAGAGCCUAUUGUACUGCGAGCUGGAGUUUAUCUUGAGCAACACCCUUAGCGGAUAUAUCAACGGCCAACUACAUCUUGGGCGCUUAAACCCGCAUAUUCAUGCUAAGAUUGCCGACUCUUGGGCUCAGAUGGGUCGCCCGAAGGUGAUUGGAUUCCGCUAUGAUCUCGAGACUCAGAUCGACAUGAUUUACGCACAUAUCGGCAAUUUCCGAUUCCACGGCCCGCACUACGCGGACUGCCACAUCGUCAAGGGUCUUCUGUACGGCACGAAGAUGAACGCGCGAACCAUGCGUAUCCGCACACUCUGUCAGCCAGACUCCGUUAUCGCAAAGCACAUCUUGGACUCCCAGGCCCUCAUGCAGCUGCUCAACAGCCCGCCCGAGCUGCAGACAGCGCUGGCGGAAGUGUGCCAGUUCUUCCGCACCAUCAUCGAGGUCCGUCAGGAGAAGCAGGAGAAAGACGAGAUCUCCAAGACGUUCACGGAGUACGCGCCUAACACCGGCUUCAAGUACCGAAGCCAGGAAGAUCUGUCGCCGCCGAAGGGCAAGUUCCCCGGCGAAUAUCGCGUCAAGAAUCAAAUCGGCGUCCCUCCCGGCCAGCGCAACUUCAGCGGCCCGACCCUCGAGCCCAAGGUGUAUAAGACCUCGGACCAGCCGCAUGCUUUGACGAAGUAA